GCUCCACAGACUCCAUGUUCUUACGAGGGUCUUCUCGAGAGCAGCCGUGUUUCACUUCCUUUAAUCUCUUCUUUGCCAAGUGGGUGAACAUAGUCUGCUCUGUUGCCUGAGCAUCAGGACAUUGGCGUGAUCAAUGCUCACAGCAACCUUGAACUCCUGGGCUUAAGUGAUCUUCCUGCCUCAACUUCCCAAGUAGCUGGAACUACAGAAGGAUAGAACCACAAGGACAGACAUGCGGGGUGCGGCCAAGCCCUGGAGUCCAGCCACCAAAGCGGGGAGCCAUGGCCUGGACCGUGUGCGGCCCCUCCCCAUCCCUUCUGCUGGCAUGAAGAGUUCUAAAUCUUCAACCUCCUUGGCUGUUGAGUCCCAACUCAGCAAGCUCAAGAGGGCCAGCAGUGAGGACAUGCUCAACAAACCCGGAGGCGCUGCCAUGUCCGGGAUGGCACGACUGAAAAAGACAGUGACAGCAGGAGCCAUCUCCGAGCUCACCGAGAGCCGCCUGAGGAGUGGCACAGGGUCUGUUACAACAGCCAAACGGACAGGCAUUCCAGCACCACGGGAAUUUUCAGUCACCGUCUCGAGAGAGAGGUCUGUGCCGCGUGGUCCCUCCAACCCCAGGAAACCGGUGUCCAGUCCAACUUCUUCCAGCACCCCCACCCCCACCAAGCACCUGAGGACCACUUCCACGAAACCCAGGCAGGAGAAUGAGAGUGGGGAAAAGGCUGUGCUUGAGUCCCAGGUCCGGGAACUUUUGGCAGAAGCCAAAGCGAAAGACAGUGAAAUUAACAGGCUACGAAGUGAGUUAAAGAAAUGCAAAGAAAAAAGGACUCUGAACACAGAAGGGACUGAUGCUUUGGGGCCAAAUGUAGAUGAAACAUCAGUCUUACCAGGGGACACGGAACCUUUAGUAAGAGCUCUUGAGGAGAAGAACAAGAACUUCCAGAAAGAGCUUGCUCAUCUGGAGGAAGAAAACCGGGCCUUGAAGGAGAAACUGACCUGUCUUGAGCAAUCUCCAAAUUCAGAAGGGGCAGCAAGUCACACCUGUGACAGCAGCUGCCCAACACCCAUAACUCAAGAGUCAAGCUUCGGAAGCCCUACUGGAAAUCAGUCGUCAAGCGAGAUUGAUGAUUAUAAAAAAAACGUACGUGGAAAUGCAUUACGGACAUCAGGAUCCUCAAGUAGUGACGUCACCAAAGCUUCUUUGUCACCAGAUGCCUCUGACUUUGAGCACCUUACAGAAGACACCCUCUCGAGGCCCCUGUCCUCCACUAGCAACCCCUUUAAGAGUUCCAAGUGUUCUACCGCUGGGAGUUCCCCAAACAAUGCGAGCGAACUGUCCCUGGCCUCCCUCACAGAGAAGAUACAGAAGAUGGAAGAGAAUCAGCACAGCACCGCAGAAGAGCUGCAGGCCACUCUGCAGGAACUGUCUGACCAGCAACAAAUGGUGCAGGAACUGACAGUCGAGAAUGAGAAACUGGUGGACGAGAAGACAAUUUUAGAGACAUCCUUUCAUCAGCAUCGAGAGAGGGCAGAGCAGCUAAGUCAAGAAAACGAGAAGCUGAUAAAUCUCUUACAAGAGCGAGUAAAGAUCGAAGAGCCCAGCGGUCGGGAGGGAAAACUCCUGGAGCUAGAGCAGAAGUGCACGGACAUUCUCGAGCAGGGCCGCUUUGAGAGAGAGAAGCUGCUCAACAUCCAGCAGCAACUGACCUGCAGCUUACGGAAGGUGGAGGAGGAAAACCAGGGAGCCUUAGAAAUGAUUAAACGUCUGAAGGAAGAAAAUGAAAAACUAAACGGGUUUCUAGAACUGGAACGGCACAAUAGUAGCGUGAUGGCACAAACUCUGGAAGAGUACAGAGUUACCCUGGAAGGGGUGAAGGUGGAGAAUGGGUCUUUGAAGGCCCCUUUGGAGGGAGAGAAGCAAAAAGCCAUAGAGACCAGCACCUUAGUACAGACGGCAGAGAGCUGUGAAGUUCAAGAAAUGCUGAGGGUCACUCGAGCUGAGAAGGAUCAACUGGAACUGUCUUGCACCGAGCUCAGACAAGAAUUACUAAAGGCCAAUGGUGAAAUUAAACGCACAUCAAGCCUGCUAGCCAAGAUGGAAAAGGAUUAUUCUUACCUGAAGGAGAUAUGUGAUCAUCAAGCAGAACAGCUGAGCAGAACUAGCCUCAAGCUGCAAGAGAAAGCAUCAGAGAGCGAUGCAGAGAUAAAAGACAUGAAAGAAACCAUAUUCGAGUUGGAAGACCAGGUGGAACAGCACCGGGCCGUCAAGCUGCACAAUAAUCAACUCAUCAGUGAGCUCGAGAGUAAUGUGAUCAAGCUGGAGGAACAGAAGUCAGACCUAGAGAGGCAACUGAAGACCCUGACAAAGCAGAUAAAGGAGGAGACAGAGGAGUGGAGGCGGUUCCAGGCAGACCUGCAGACGGCGGUGGUGGUGGCCAAUGACAUCAAGUGUGAGGCCCAGCAGGAGCUGCGCUUGGUGAAGAGGAGGCUGCUGGAGGAGGAGGAGAAGAACGCGAGGCUGCAGAAAGAACUGGGGGACAUGCAGGGCCACAGCAGAGCUAUGGAUGAAGAGCCAGAGUCCUCCGAGGUUGAUGCUCCUGGUCGGUGGCAUGGUGUCCACAUUAACAGAACAUCUCCGACGCCUUCAGAGUCUGCAGCCACCGUUAAGUCACUUAUCAAGUCAUUUGACUUGGGCCGCCCAGGUGGAGCUGGACAGAAUAUUUCUGUUCAUAAGACCCCGAGAAGCCUGCUAAGUGGAAUACCUGUGAGGACUGCCCCAGCGGCUGCUGUCUCUCCAAUGCAGAGGCACUCGACGUACAGCAGUGCACGGCCGGCUGGCAAAGGAGCAACUCAGCGCUUGGAUCUUCCUGACCUUCCCCUCUCAGAUCUUCUAAAGGGAAGGGCCGAGGACCUGAAGCCAGACCCUUACCUCCGGAAGAGCCCCUCCCUCGAGUCCUUGAGCAGGCCACCCUCUCUGGGCUUUGGGAACUCAAGACUGCUGAGUGCUUCCACGGGGGGGCUGAAACCACAGAGUAAACUCAGUGUGGAAAGGAGAGACCCUCUGGCAGCCUUGGCCCGGGAAUAUGGCGGCUCCAAGCGCAACGCUCUGCUGAAGUGGUGCCAGAAGAAGACAGAAGGCUACGCGAACAUUGACAUCACCAAUUUCAGCAGCAGCUGGAGUGACGGCCUGGCCUUCUGUGCUCUGCUCCACACCUACCUGCCUGCCCACAUCCCCUACCAGGAGCUGAACAGUCAGGAGAAGAAGAGGAAUCUCUUGUUGGCAUUUGAAGCUGCUGAAAGUGUAGGCAUCAAGCCCAGCCUGGAGCUCAGCGAGAUGCUAUACACAGACCGGCCCGACUGGCAGAGCGUGAUGCAGUACGUGGCCCAGAUCUACAAGUACUUUGAGACGUAACCAUGGAGGGCCUGCGCGCAGCUGCCCCACCACCUGCUGGAAUUUAUCCUGGAAGCGCCUGGUCACUGUCCACCAACCCUGGUCUGCCCACCACCCAACCAUCAAGCUCCAAAGGAAGGCUCGGCCCAAGUGGAGAAAGCAGAGCUGGGCCCACCAAGUCCUGAUCUCAGAUGCAAACGUGUUUUGGAGUGUGACUUGGGGACCCUUUGCCCUCCUGUGGAUGCUUCUAAAGAGGGUGGCUUCUCUCCUUCCAGACCUUGGUCCCACAGCCAGGUUCAUGUGCCAGUCACAUUGGGUGACUUAACACGUCAUCUGCACACAGCUUUAGGACAAAUAGCACCUCCAGAUCAAUCUCUUUGGCUAAACGUAUCCUGGCUUUUGCCUUUAUGAAAAUUUUGCCCUUGCCAAAUCCCUCCUUCCACCCCUGGCAAAAAAAAAUCAAAGCAAAACAAAACAAAGCAUUUGCUCCAGAGCCACCUGGAAACACUUGGCCCUGCCUUUUGGAGACUGUGUUCAGGUUCUAGGUAACAGGUCUCAUACUUAGCACGUGAUGACAUCUUUGAGGGCUCACAGUCCUUGUUUGAUUCCUGUAUCAAAAGUGAAGCAAAUGCAGUUGUGGAGGAGCCACCAGGCCCU